CAAAAUGCGUCGAAAUGUGUUGGGGCUGUAGGAGCGAGCCAUUCUGAUUGUUAUUUGUAAUAUGCAGUGCUGCUAUCGAUUUACGAAAGUUGCCGAAAUCUGACUGGGAAAUGUCGAAAAGGAAAGCUCAAGACAGCCCCCAAAAGGCUAAACUCUCCAAACCUACAUGUUCACAAGAACAGCUGGAACACGCAACGGAUUAUGAAGCAUUAUUUGCUGACAGUGGUUUUGCAGGAUCUCAAGAUAAUGACCCUAGUCUCACUGAAGCGACCAGAAUUAGCAGGGGGUGUUCUACUUCUCAAGAAGAGGAAACUAUGGAAGUUGUAUAUGAAAGUGAUGAAAAACAGUCCACAUCCCCCAUGUGCACAGGAGAAACUAGAAGUCACAGGGAGUUUUGUGAACAUCAUCUCUUUUGCAAAAUAACACUUGCUGUUUCUGUGGACACAAACAAAAAAAAGAAAAAGAAAACAAAGAAAGAAGACGCAGGUGCUGAAGGAUGCAGCACUAAUGCAGAUAUUCUCAAAAUGUGCAAUGCACUCUUAAACUCUGGUGGGGGAUUGCUGGAAAUGGAAUUAACCGAGCUCCAGGACGACGGCACUAGUGAGAAAGAUUCCGUGGAUAGUUAUUGGAGAAAAAUCGAGCCUUCUUUACGUGAAAUGAUAAAGCCAUCGAGUUACGACGAUGUCUUUGAUCGUUGUGUACUUUCCAAUAAAAUUCAACUCUUUGUAAAUGCUCCAAAACAGUUCUGUACCAAGAAUUACAAUUUGUAUGUUCCAAGUGAUGGAUCCGUGCUUCCGGCUUCUCGCGAUAAAGUUGCCGAAAUUCUGAUGCAGAAACCGCAAGGUUCCAGGAGAGAAGCAAAUUCAAAUGUGCGAGUAGCGCUGAAAGAACUUCUAAAGGUUCCGGAGGAGUUUUCUUGCAAUGAGGAAUUUGGCUUGACAGAGUCGAAACAACUUCAAUAUAAAAACUACACGUCAGGUAAUGAUUUGUUUGCAAAUCAUAGUCAGAGGGAAAAGAUCUGUAAACAAUUGUCAGCGUUUGGUAACUGUGACGGUGGAGUCGCUCUGCUGGGAGUAACAGAUGACCGACGAGUUCAGGGAGUGGACUUGACUAAAAACAGUAAGGACUAUGUCGUGAAUGAGAUACGUUCCCUGGUCAACAAAGUUUGCCCAAACUUUGAGCCAGAAAGAGGUAUCCAUUGGGAUGUGGCUUUCCACCCUGUCAUGGAAUAUGAAUCCCAUUGUGUCGUAGUGAUAACUAUGGCAGGAAUUCAGUAUUCUGGGGGAGUGUUUGCAAAAUCUCCUGAAAGCUACGAGUUACGACGUGAUGAAGCUGGGAAGCAGGUCCCUCGCCUUCUUGAAUUUCAUGAGUGGAAAAAGAGAGUGGAUGGUGCGAGAUUGCCAGAGAACAGCAAAGGAAUGAACGAAUUACUCUCGAAGUUCGAAAAGAUGCAAAUCUCCAAAGGAGCUCUAUUUACGAUAAAAGGUGGUGUCCAGAGGAUAAGAGAUUCUUUUUUCAAGGUUGAUGAAGAGUUCUCCAUUUUACCGAAAGGUGCAGCGGACAACCUUUCAAAAGAAGCUCAAGAAGUGAUUCACGAGAUCCAAAGGGCUUGUUGUAAGGACUGGAACCGUGGACUACUGGUUGUGUCACGUUCUUGGCUCCGCGAUACCGGAGGUAAAGCAAUCGAUGGGCUCAUCUGCGACGUUCUUGUUGUCAGCAGAAACAUGGGUGGCCUUCAUCUUUAUACCCUCUGUAAUACAGUCGAUGAGACCUCUCAGAAUUACAGCAAGGAAGCUGCCCAGGCAAUUAAGAGAAGUCUUCAAGAUAAUGGCGCCAGAGGCCAGAAGUUUUACGUGUCAUUCCAUGUAGUAUCCUGUUGCGGACGCGUAAAAGUCGAAUCACCGUUACUUGACGGCCGUUUCCCGAAGUCAUAUGACCUGGAGUCCCCGCGAGAGAAGUUAAAUGAAAUACUGAAAGCCAUGGUCAUAGGUCUUACAGCGGUGCCCUCGACUCUGUCUAGUAAAGUGGGCGAAACCAUUCUGAACCUCCUGACUGAGGAGCAGUUCUGCUUGGUCCAUUACAUGAUUGACAAAACAAGGGAGUUAUGGGUGAAGGGCGUGGCUGGAACAGGAAAGACCCUUGUAGCAGUAGAGAUUAUUAAGAAAAUCAGGCAGCGUGAAAAUUUGGGAGUGGAUGAAAUACUAUAUGUCUGUGAAAAUGAGGGAAUAGCCAACCACGUGCGAAGAAGUCGUUCGUGUACUGUAGUUUGUCGAAAAACCUUCUUGGACAGCGUGUUUCGACAAGCCAGACAUGUGAUUAAGGAUGAAGUACAUAACUACGAGCAACCUUCCGGUAUUGAAUCGUGGUAUGAGAAGGCAAAGCGUAUUGUUCGACAGCAUGAUCCCGACAGACCAGGAUACCUCUGGUUUUUCAUUGAUCUCUUCCAAAAGAGUCACGAGUUCCCAUCAGGUAUUCCAAACGAAGACCAGCAACAGCCUCAAUUUCGGUUAACCAAGAUCAUUCGGAACUCAAACAAGAUAUUUCGUCGUGCAAAAAAAGUUCUCGGGGAUGUUUCGAAGGUUGAAUUCGACAUUGGGCACGACUUCGAAGGAGAAGAGGUAGAGGAAAUACCAUACAUAGCUAAAGAAACAUCCCAAAUAGAAGUUCUGAAAAAAGUAUUGCAGGAGCUUUUGGAUAAAGGUUACAACCACGGCGAUAUCGCUGUACUGUUCUUAAAGAAGGAGCGAAUACCAUUUGAUGAAGAACUCUCUGUUGCCCUGAAUGGUUCACCUUGGAUGUCAGCAGAGGGAAAUGAUUCGGACGCAAUAGUUGUAAGCACCGUCCUGAAGUACAGUGGUCUCGAUCGACCCGUUUUAGUUCUUGUGGAUGUGAAAAAAACUUUGUACAGACGCCAGCUCCGUCCCUUCCUUUUCAGCGCAGUGACACGCGCCAUGGUUAAACUAAUCAUGAUUUACGAAAAAAAGCAAGGUUGCUAUGGAAGGGCUCAUUAGUUCAUUGCAGAAACAAGGUCAAACAGCAGAGACUGUAUGUCGGUAGAUAUAAUUUUUUUGAAUUAGUUUUGGGAUGAUCGGAGACUAGCGUGAAUUACUACUUUGCCCGCGCGUAUUAAAGAGAUUUGUAAUUAUGGAGGAACCUUUUGUGGCUAAAGUUUAUAAUUUGUAGCCGUUUCGGUGGUGAAACAUUAAUCUAGUCUAUUUGAUAAUGUAGAGGCUAAGUUAAUGUCCCUCUAGGGAUUACAUUUUGUGCAUUUUUUAAUUUAUUUCUUACAUUUCAUGUACGAUAGCUUUAAAAAUGUAAAAUGAAAAUUAAUGCAUUGCAUGGGAUUUUUUCAAAUGUAGAGGUAGGCUUUCCAUUAAAAUUACAUGUAAAUAGAAAUGAGUAAAGAAGAGACAGAUU